UGUGACAACAAGUGUGUGCGAUCGUGGUGUGUUCGUCCUCAUUGAUUCACGUGGCAGGUGCUGUAGAGUAGAGCUGUAUUGUUCUAGGAUCGUGUUGUUUGUGUGUUGGUGCUAGUGUGUAACAUGCAUAUACAGCAGCACGUGUGAGAAAUUAAAUGUACGGGUUGAAUAGAUUUCUUCAAGCUAUUCAGAUCCACCCAGUACAACUCAACAUUUGCGAUAACUUGAAACCCCUGAAUAACCCAGGCCCCUGCAGGCUCUGUCUUUAGUGACGUCCAGAUCCCUGCAAACCCUGUCAACUCUGUGACGUCCAGAAACCUGCAGACACUGUCUUCAGUGACGUCCAGAUCCCUGCAAGCCCUGUCAACUGUGACGUCCAGACACCUGCAGACACUGUCUUCAGUGACGUCGGGACCACUUCAGCCACAGUCACCUGUAUGACAAUCAAACCUGUGCAGGAACUACCAUAUUUGUGACGUCCGGAACCCUGAAGGAACUUCACCUGUAUGACGUCCUAUUCCCUGCAGGCUCUACACCUGUGUGACGUCCUGUAGCCACCACACACGUCUGUGUCCCCACACUGCGGAACACAUCCCCGUCAACGACCAGUGAGACAGUUUUUUUUUCCACCUGUCCGUCUGCUCCUAGUCAGUCAGAUAAUUUCCAUUGGAUAGAGAAAGCAACUACCAAGUAUAUGGUAAGAGGAAGCGCCUAAAAUGAAGCGGUGAAAUUCUCCGAGGUUUUCGGACUAAUCCCUGGCACCUUGUUGGCGUCUCACCUUUAGGUUCUAGACAGGUGUAGCCCAGCAAGAUGAGAUACAAACACGGCACCAGUCGCCCCUCGCAGGACACGUAGCGCCACCCCCUGAUUCCCUGAUGUGUUCGGUUCGAGUCUUUAGUUGGAUGGUCUCUGAGUAUUGAGACGCCUUGUGUAUACUCACGUUGUUUAGCGGAGUCUUGAAUUCUGGAGUUUGUACGUGAAACUCAGCUACGUCACAGCUAUCAUCGCUACGUCAUAGCUAUCAUCGCAAAGGAAAGGUCAAUAUAGGAACGUUAUAGAAACGUCACAGCGUGCUUUGUAACGUUUAUGUCACAACUAUAUCAUCUCUGUUACAUCACAUCGUAACAGCUGCAUCACAACCACAUUCGUCACUGUUAGCAUCGUCACAAAUAAAUCACACAUGACGGAUAACCUGCAUGUAAAAGAAAUAAAAAUGUCCACCCAUUUCCUCUCCGGGCUCAACUCUUUCCUCUUCCUCACAUCUAUUUUCAUCGUGAGCCUCCAGCUGGCCCAGACGGCUGGCAGCGACAACCGGAAGUGCCAGGAGAUCACGAUCCCCAUGUGUAAAGGCAUCGGGUACAACAUGACGUACAUGCCGAACCAGUUCAACCACGACACGCAGGAGGAGUCUGGACUGGAGGUGCACCAGUUCUGGCCCCUGGUGGAGAUCCAGUGCUCCCCCGACCUCAAGUUCUUCCUGUGCAGCAUGUACGCGCCCAUCUGUAUGGAGAACUACAAGAAGCAUCUGCCGGCCUGCAGGUCUGUCUGCGAGCGGGCUAGGGACGGGUGCUCGCCCCUGAUGAAGCAGUACGGGUUCAACUGGCCGGACCGAAUGAAGUGCGAGGACCUGCCCGAGUACGGCGACAAGGAGGUCCUGUGUAUGGACGCCAACACCACGGACCGGAAUACGGCCAUGCCGGCCCACAACAAGCCCACCCCGCCCACCAACAAGCCCUCAGACCGCGACAAGAGACCCCCGCCCUACCCACCCAAGCCCAGCAACGGUCCCAGACCCCUGCCGGUGGAUGAGCUCCACUCGACCUCCCCGGCCAAGGAGUGCACGCGCGUGUGUGAGAAGCCUCUGAUGAUGAUCAGUGAGUCGUCUAGCAGCUACUUCAACAAACUCCGUACGGGCGGUGUCGUGAACUGUGCCAUCAACUGCUACGGCCCUUACUUCUCCGAGCACGAGAAGACCUUUACCACCUUUUGGGUGGGGCUGUGGUCCAUCCUGUGCUGCAUCAGCACCUCCAUGACGGUGUCCACCUUCUUCGUGGACAUGAAGCGGUUCAAGUACCCCGAGCGGCCCAUCAUCUUCCUCAGCGCGUGCUACUUCAUGGUCAGCGUCGGCUACAUCAUCCGGCUUAUCGUGGGCCACGAGAAUGUCGCCUGCGAGAACGGGAUUAUCCGGUACGAGACAACAGGACCAGCUGUAUGCACUGUGGUGUUUCUGUUGGUGUAUUUCUUCGGGAUGGCGUCGUCGAUUUGGUGGGUGAUUUUAUCCUUCACCUGGUUUUUGGCGGCGGGGUUGAAAUGGGGUCAGGAAGCCAUCGCUAGUUAUUCCCAGUAUUUCCAUUUAGCUGCCUGGCUGAUCCCCAGUGUUAAAAGCAUAGCUGUGUUGGCUAUGUCUUCUGUUGACGGCGACCCCAUCGCUGGGAUCUGUUACGUUGGGAACCAGAGUUUGGACAACUUGCGCGGGUUCGUGUUGGCUCCUCUAUUCGUCUACCUCAUCAUCGGCGCGUCUUUUCUCCUAGCCGGAUUCGUUUCACUUUUCCGGAUUCGUAAAGUGAUAAAACAACAGGGCCGCGGCAAAACGGACAAACUUGAGCGGCUGAUGAUCCGGAUAGGGGUCUUCACGGUUCUGUACACGGUGCCGGCUUCCAUCGUCAUCGCCUGCUACUUCUACGAGCAGCAGAUGAGAGAGAGGUGGGAGGCGACCCGGACUCACACGUGCUACGACCAGCCCGCCGAGCCUAACUACACCGUCUUCAUGCUGAAGUAUUUCAUGUGUCUGGUCAUCGGCACCACUUCCGGUUUCUGGAUCUGGUCCGGCAAGACCGUGGACUCGUGGCGGAAGCUGUUCUACGGCAAGCUCUGCAACAAGAGCAACUACCACAACCGGAAGUACACGAACACAAACUACCAGCCGGCCAAGCCACACCCACUUAGUCAUGUGUGACAUUUCUCUCAACGCUGAUUGGUCAAGUUAAAAUGGUAUUUAAAAAUAAAACGUUCCCUUUUUUUUAAGAAAAAAAAAUGGGUUUUACUGCAUUAUAAAGUGAACUCAUUACUAUAAGGUGCUUUUUUGUGUGUUUACAUUUCUUGGUAUGGAAACAUCUAUCCCACUCUGACCUCUAACCUCUGACGUCACUGGACUCGCAUUUCUCAAGAAGCCGCGGCGUUGUUUACGACACGUGACACGCUGGUCCUACUCACGCAGACGUCAGGUCAAGUGGCGAGCGUCACCAGCAGACGACGACAUAAUGCACUUGCACCCUCUCAGGAAUUAUAUUUUCACCACGCAUGACCAGCCCCUAGAAAGCCCACGGACUUAAGCGCAGAAAGCCCACUUUUUAGGAUUCUCAAAUGUAAUUGCUUACAUUAAAUAUUAAUUCUCAGCAAGCAUUUCGCGAAUUCUCGCAGCAACUUUCACGGCGGGAAUUACUUCUAAAUGUGUAUAUACAGAUUAAUAAGAUUAUUUUUAAAUCCUCACUCUAGAAUUCCAUAGAUUCUACAACAAUGGCACCCUUUUCUUCUAGUCCUAACAGCGCAGCGUUUAGCUACCUGCCAGAAAUUCUGUAAAAUUUAACAGACGAUCAAGUCAUGAAUGAAGAAUACCUACCGCUUGAAGCAUUGGACACAUGCUUGGAAGCAUAUCAACAUCACCAGCAGCAUUCGUCUAUGUGGAGUACAUAUGCUGCGAUUCAACAGGUUGCCCUUUUGGAAUUGACCUUUUUGAAAUGAGUAUUAGGUCAGUUGUUCCACAACGACCCAGCUUACCCGGGGCACCUACGUACGACCCCAGUUUACCCGGGUCCCCUACGUACGACCCCAUUUUACCCGGGUCACCUACGUAGAAUCCCAGUUUACCCGGGUCGCCUACAUAGGACCCCAGUCUACCCUGGAUCCUACGAAGACUUGUUUCAUCAUUAGGGGAAAAAAAACUACCGUCAUCAUAUUCUAAGGCUGUGCAUUAUCCCCCUAUGAUAAUUCAUGCAUUUACUAAACAAAAAUUCCGAUAACUUACAAAUUACAACGUCAUAAAAAGUCAUGUUAUUUCAAUUUGGGAGAUUAAACGGAAAUGUGUUUGAUAUUAGGGAUAGUUACUUGACUGAUUGAGUAUGUAUUUGAUGAUUAUGAAUGAAAAAAAAAGAAAGAAAAGUGUGAAUGCCCUUUCUAAAAUAACAGAGUGAAUGCCCUUUGUUUGAGGCAGCAGAGUGAAUGCCCUUGACUGUGUGAAGGAAGUCAAAAAUAAGUUAUUUACAAAUGUUUUCGCUUGUAUUCGAAUAUUUUGUAAAUAAAAACUUUUCCCUCUUAAAUAAAAAACUUUGAAACUAAUUAGGCAAGUUAAGGCAUGGGUAAAGAACCGGGUAAUCAUCUUAAUUAUCAUAAUUACUUCUUCGUUAUAAAAUGUUAAUAUAUAAAUUUAUAUUGUUAUCAUUGUAAAUUAUCAUCAGUAUCAUCUCACGUAUCAUCAAGAUGUCUAUAUCAUCACUGCAUGUUAUCAGUGUCCAUGUUUUGAUGACCAUUGGUCAGUUGUUUGAUUAUUUGUUUGUUUGUUUGUUUAUUGUUUUAAUUUUUUUAUUUCAACUAAACCAAAAACAAAUUGACAACAAAUGGUAUUGCGAAAACUAUAACAAAGCUGUUUGAAUGAAACAGCUUUGUUCAGUGAUAAAUAUUUCUUCCAAAAAACGACUUAAGUCUGUGAUCUCCACAUAAAUAUUUAGCAACAACAAAGCUUGUUUUAGUUCCCAAGUUCUACUCAACACUUGUUUAGUCAUUUUAAUUUUUUUUUAAACUCAACUUAUUUCAAAAGCUAAAACUCCCAUGUGAAAAACUAUGAUUAAGUGAAUUGUUUAUAUUAAAUUAAGGCUAUUGUUUUAUAUUUAUUUUUUAAAAAUAAUAUUAACUUAAUUAAGUUUGAAAAAAAAAUGUGUUUGUAAACAUGAAACAAGCAGCACUUCUAUGUGACUUAGUAUCAUCAGCAUUAAGUCAAUUUAUAUGACUUGGUCUCUGUCAUAAGUCAUUUUAUGUAACUAUCUCUUUGACAUGAUGUCAAUUAAUUUGAUUUUAUGUCUGCGGCAGUAAGUCAAUUUCUUUGACUUAUUGUAUUUGGCAUCAAGUCUAAUUGUUUGAUUUUAUGUUUUUGUCAUUAUUUCCGUUGAUGUGACUUCAUUUAUUUGGCAUGAAGUCAUAUUGUAUGACUUUAUGUCACCAAUAAUUCAAAGCCUUGUUAUUCUCAAUUUUGUUGUCAAAUGUGAGAAAAUGGUCCGAUGGCUCACCAUACUGUUUGAAAAUAUUGUCAAAUGUGAGAAAAUGGUCCGAUGGCUCACCAUACUGUUUGAAAAUAUUGUCUGAUUGUAAAUACUUGUAUAGUUCUACCAGAUGUUCUUAUGUGUCUGAGGUAUGAUGAGAAACGAUUAAUUAAAUUUAUGGUAACACAACA